UGUGAAAACUCCACUCACAUUUUCUUUACAAUGCAGACUCAAAUAGCAGGCGUCAAUGUCUGCAGUAUGUUCACAUUUUAAAUGCGUAUGUAUGGUGUAGAACUGAGACAAGUAGAGGAAUAUCUGAAGGAACUGCAGGAUGUUACUGAACAUAGAAACUUCUUGAUGGUGUCACAAACCUACAGAUUUCUGCUUCACUGUAAAAAGACACUUCUACCAAAUAAAUACAUCAAAGUCCCAAAUAGUGCAGUUAACUAUUUUUAAAAUAAAAUACUGUAAAAAGAAAAUGAAAUGUAAACUCUGUCCGGUUCUAGAAUCUCAGAUGAUGGAAUUUGUUGCUUUUCUUUGCAUUUUAUUAUUAGAAGCUCAAUAUUUUUGAUUUUGUUCCAACUAAACAAUAUAUGGAGAUAUCAUCUAACAGUUUGGAAUGUUUUUUUUUAUUAAAGCUAUAGCAAGUUGCUAUCCUAGCAGAGUGGCUGCAUUAUUUUAUUUGACUGAUUAAUAUUUAAAGUUAAGAUAAACCUCUUACAAUAUUACAUUCACCCUCCUGUAACUCCACAUUUUUGGAUUGUAGAAAAUGACAGAUAGCAGAGACGGUUCACAUGUUUGUAUGUUUAGUCGUCUUCUAACCGUAUAACAAAAGCAGGUAAGUUAUUAUCCAAGAUUAAAUCCUGCUUUGCUUAUCUUAAUUAUAUCCACGAUAACCAUGAACAAACUCGGGUGUUACAGAACCUUUGACCAUUUCUGGAAGACGUUAACUCCACAAAGUCACGCUGGAAGGAAAUGUGAAGAGUUAAUUAUAAGAAUUAUGUAAAUAGAGAAAAAACAAACAGAGAAAAAACUGAUAUAUUGACUGAGGGAGAUUCAAGUAGAAGAGACUGUAAAGAAAAGGACAAAUAUUCCUCAUCUGUUACAUAACUGCUUGUGGAACUGUGAUUUUUCUUUCUUUUUUUAGUAAAAUAUUGAUAAUAUUUAUGAUUUACAUUGAUUUUACUUUUUCUUAUGUGUAAUUUAAAUCUUGAUGUAUUGAAAAAUGACCAAAGUGCUGCAGUAAAUACACUCAAAUAUCAUUCUGUAGUUUGUUAGAUCUUUUUCUGGCUCAACAAAACUCGUUUAGUUAUAUUUAUUCCAUAAAAAUGUGCUUUAUUCCUCCCUCUGCCCUUAUGAUAUGACCAACUGCCAUCACUGCUUCUAUACUUGGGCUUGUGCUGAGGACCAGAGUCCAGUUUGUGUCGAAUGUAACGCCCAACCAGUAUCCAAUCACUGGAGCAGGACGGGGGCCAUAAACAGCACAGAUAAGGCCAGGAUGCUCUGUUUGAACAUCCACCACCACACCUGAGUUUCACUUUCCAAGAACACACCUGUUCUUGCUUUUGCCUUCAUGGAUUUCUUCAUUUCAGGACCGGGUCUGAACAUCAAGGCCUCGCUGUGCAGACGGACGCACUGACCACGGUACAGAACUGUUUGUUUGCAUUUAGGGCCAACAGACUCCUCCGGUGCAGCCAUGGUCCAUGUGGAUCUGCACUCCGUCACCCAGCCAGUGGGCAUCAUGCGGAUCAUGGCGGCGAUUCUCACCUGCAUGUGCUUCAUCCUGGUGGCGACAGCGGGCUAUGUGUCGUCUCCGUACUGGGCGUGGUGCAUGUUCACCUGGUGCUUCUGCUUCUUCUUCACCCUUUGCAUUCUCAUCCUGGAGUUCACCACGCUCAGCACCAAGGUGCCUUUCGCCUGGGAUGACUUCACGGCUGCCUUCGCCAUGCUGGCGGGUCUCCUGUGCCUGUCCGCCUCCAUCAUCUACCCCAUCUUCUUCACCUGCAGCAUCUGCCACCGGGCCAUCGGCGCCUCCGUGGUGUCCUGGGUGUGUUUUGCUGUGUACGCAGGCGAGGUGGUCAUAACUCGCCUUCGUCCGAGCGGCCAGACCAGCGGCUUCCUCUCCACGCUGCCCGGCAUCAUGAAGAUGCUGGAGACCUUCUUCGCCUGCCUCAUCUUCAUGUCCCUGGAGACGGGCCAGUACUCGGGGUCUCCGGGGCUGCAGUGGUGCGUCGCCGUGUACUCGCUGUGUUUCAUCUUUGCCCUCCUCAUAAGCCUGCUCACCCUCGGACAGCUGACCCUUCGCUUUCCGUUCUCCUUUGACAAGCUGGUGAUCGUCUACAACGUUUUGGCAGCUGUGAUGUAUAUGACGGCUAUGGUGAUCUGGCCACUGUACAGCUUCCGCAACAAUAAGAGACCCAGUAACUGCAGCUCGCCCUGUCCCUGGGAUAAACUGCUGGUGGUGACCUUCAUGACCAUCUUCAACGCUAUCGUCUACAUGCUGGACUCCAUCUACUCUGUACGUCUUGUGUUCUGUGUCAGCAGAGAGUGAACUGCUGCUUAUUUAAACUAAUAUACACCACUGUUCAAAAUUUAGGGCUCACACAGACAAUUCCAUGUUUUCCAUGAAAACUCCCACUUUUAUCCAUGUGCUAACAUAACUGCACAAGGGUUUUCUAAUCAUCAAUGAGCCUUUCAACACCAUUAGCUAACACAAUGUAGCAUUAGAACACAGGAGUGAUGGUUGCUGGAAAUGUUCCUCUGUACCUCUAUGGAGAUAUUCCAUUAAAAAUCAGCUGUUUCCAGCUACAAUAGUCAUUUACCACAUUAACAAUGUCUACACUGGAUUUAUCAUUCAUUUAAUGUUAUCUUCACUGAGAAAACUGCCUUUCUUUCAAAAAUAAGGACAUUUCUAAGUGACCCCAAACUUUAGAACGGUGGUGUACAUGACUUAAAGCUGCUGUAUAUUAGCUAAAGCUGCUCCACAUUAGUAAAAGUUUCUCUAAAUGAGUUAAAGUUGCUCUAUAUUAGUAAAAGGUUAAAGAUGCUCUAUAAUAGUUAAAGUUGCUCUAUAUUAUUCAAAAUGCUCUUUUUUAUUUCAUUGAAAAAACUGCUUUUCUUUCAAAAUUAAGGACAUUUCUAAGUGACCCCAAACUUUUGAUCGGUUGUGUACAUGAUAUGACACUGUAAACUGUAAACUGAGAACAAACUGAAUUUGAAUCACGGUGAGCAAAAAGGUUUUAAAUAUUGUUUGUUUUUUAUUUUUAAUGAGGCCAAGACCCAUCUGUAAACUUUAUUUUUUGUAUAAAAUGUACGUUUUCCUUGAAGAAAUUGGCUUUUUGACAUUGUGUAUGUUCUGUUAAUGCCAUCAUAAAUGAGUAACAACAGCAAUGAAAUGUCAAGUACAAACACACAGCUGUUUGUUAAUGAUUAAAACCCGAGUAUCAUGGUCAUAAAAUUAAAAACUAGUCGGGUAGAACUUUGGAACACUACUGAGCUCCUGCUAUCAUUUAUUACACUGUCAGAGUCAAAUUAUGAGACGAGUGAAUAUGUGGUUUUCACCUUCAUGCUUUCAUUGUAACUUUGAUAUUAAUGGAAGUGGAAGAAAAUAACUGAAUAUUUUUACUCUAGUAUUGUGCUUACUUGAAUAUUCCCAUUUUUCUACUUUACUACAUUCAGGUUUAAAUAUUGCACCUUCUACUCCGUUGCAUUUACUUGACAGAUGCUGUUCAAUUUAAAUGGAAGAUUUUUGCACAAGCUGCACUGUUAAAGCCUAAUCCAGUGGUUUCCGGUGUUUCUGGAUCCAUCAAAUGGAUUUUUGUUUCCUUCUAAACUUCUCACACGGUUUAAUUUCAGCAAAUGUUCAAAUUAUCCAACAGAUAAGAGAUGAGUAUUUUGUGUAAGCAGUUCUUCUUCCAUUUAUUUGUUGUUCCUGUGUACAAAACUGUAUAUAAAGUAGUUUAAACCUGCAGCAGCAACAUGCUGCUCACACACUGAUGCUUCACUAUUAAAAUAAUAUCAGAACUUCG